GUGUUCUAAUUUCUUUUCAUUUUGUCCUUGGGGACAGGAUAGAGGAAUCUCCAACAUUUUUACAAACUCAAUCCAUUGAUCGUCAACUGUAUAGCAUUCGCUGCCUCCAAGACAACACGAUCAUCCUGGAGUACCUCAUCUACGUCACCUCGCUCAAGACUUUCGUUCCCUGAAGCUACGAUGUCUCAACGACUGCACAAUACGGAGGGUUGGGAAGACGAUAAGGGCCAAGAGCAGUCUCACCCUGCACCUCUGCAACAAAUCCCAACCAGGUACUGCAGCUUAUUGGAGCAUCGUCUGGUUAUUGCGUGCAGUGAAUUCAAGCGCCAGGACACGAGAGACUGACAGCCUCGCAAAGUC